GCAGUUUGUCAACUUCCGGUUUCAGUUGAGUUUGUAUGUUUACAUUUUGACAGAUCAAAAAAAAUAUUUUUUAAACCCCUAGCCAUGUUCUCCAGCGUCUCCAAGUGGCUAGGAGUUGUAGACAAUACAGUUGAUGAAGAGACAUUAGCUGUUAAUGCUGAAGGCGAGGAGAAACCAGUUGAAAAACCAGAGAUAAAAGACGAAGAAAAGACCACUGCCACUGCGGAGAAAGUUGACAAUGAUCCAGAAAAUGACGACUUAAUUUCUCCACAAACGAAACAAACUUUAGAAGACGUGUCUGCAAAGGCUAUAAGCACUGCAAAGGAAUGGGGUACAUUCCUGUACGGCAUUGGGAAGCAGGCAUCUGAGAAAGUAACAGAGAAGGCGAAAGAGAUAACCAAGUCUGUGGAGGAUAAGACAUUCCUUGGUGAUUUCACGAAAGAACAGGAAACAUUCGUUACAGAGAAGAAGGAAAAAGAUCGCAAGUCAGAGGCGGCGGUCCCACCCUGGGUCGGAUAUAAUGAAGAAGAUGAUAUGAAGGCUCAGAUACUGGCACUCUCACAGGACAAAAGAAAUUUCCUCAGAAAUCCACCCAGUGGCAUACAGUUUCAGUUUGACUUUGAUGCAAUAUUCCCUGUUGCCAUGGCAACCCUUCAAGAGGACACAAACCUGCAAAAAAUGAGAUUUGAACUCGUUCCUAAACAAAUAAAAGAAGACAUGUUCUGGAGAAAUUACUUCUAUCGUGUAUCACUCAUCAAGCAGUCGACACAAUUAACAUCUCUAGCUCAACAAGCAGGAAAUGGUGAAGGAAAAGAUCAUUCUCGUUCAUCGUCGAUAAGCAGUGAAAACAAAGAGCGAUCAUCCCCAAAACCCGUCCAGCGAUCUCCGGAGGUCGAGGAACAGGCAGGAAGCCCGCAAGAGAAUGAGUUUGUGAGCGACUCGUUUGCGGAUGAUGGACAGAUCAGUGACGAGGAUCUACGGAAAGAAAUGGAAAUGCUGGGAAUGGAGGGGGAUAAAAAAGAGGAGGGCGAACCAAAAGAAAACCCGACAGUCUGGGAGGCCGAAUUACAACGGGAACUUCAGGAGUACGAAAUGGUCGGCAGCGGUGAGGAUAUCGAUGAUGCGGACAUUGAAAACGAGAUUUUAAAACAGAUCGAAGAAGAAUCGUCCGCUUCAUAAUUAUAUCUCUCCAUCCAGUGGCAUUAACUGUCUGACCAUGUUUGUUUUUCUAUGCUCUUGUUUUGUCGUUGUAAAUACCCGGUUGUCUAUUAUAGGGAUACUCUGGCAGUUUUGUUACAGACUGCUGUUCUAUUUCUGUCUAAUGAACAUUUGAUACGUCUUUAGUUGCUGGUGAGGCAAGCUGUUAAGAAUGGCUGUAGUUUGUUUUGUAACAGCAUCAGCAGUGUUGGUACAUGAAUUGAUAUGAUGCUAUGUCAGAUUACAACCGCCCUCGUCAGUUAUUAACUUUGUUCUGCCAUCAAAAUUGGAUUUUUGGAUGAAUACGCUCAUAUUCUUAAUAUAAAAAGAUAUAUUAUUGCUUGACAUCAGAUUUUGAAAUAAGCCCUGCUAUAUAGAAAUCAGAGUAUGUUUAAGAUAAGAAUCAAUUGAAUCAAUGUGCAUUUGUUUAUCCAAGGUUAUCAUCAUGGUCAGCAAUAACGGUAUUUUCUUCUAUUACACUUUAUACAUACCGUGGGAAAAUUGACUGACAAAAUCUCAUUUUAAUGAAUAUGCAUGAGGCAAGGGAGACAACUCUUUUUCUAAUGAAAUCAUAUGUUACAAUAAAAUACCCUUCAAUAACCCUGUAUUGUCAGUUGUCUCCACAGGCGAGUGGUCUUAUAAGUUGUAUUCAAAUUUGUUCUGAAAACAGAAGUAUGCGUGUAUGUGCAUAUUUCCACAUUGCUUGCUUGCAGGACAAAUGAAACUGCCUUUUAAUUUAUUUAUGAAAACGAGAUUUUCCUAACAAAACCCAAAAAUAGGUUAUUGUGUGACUAGGAAGUCUUUCCAUUUGGUAAAUUGUUAAUGGUUAUGAACACUUGUAUCACGGUUGGUUUGGCACCAUGUUGAUUGUGUGAUAUCACCAGAAUUUCUUCAGAGGAUACAAUGUUUUGAAACUGUGACAAAUUCAUUUCAGCUGUUCUCUGUUAAUAAGCUGACUUUGUGCCUCUAUAAGGCACUGCUGUCUUGUUGGCUUAAGAAAAGUAUUGUUGUGUUUAUAUGUAUAUUUCUGAUUGAGAAAAUUACACAUGCAUUUCUUACCAUGUUUCAGUUCAAGUAUUGACACUUCUGCUGUCUUGUUGGCUUAAGAAAAGUAUUGUUGUGUUUAUAUGUAUAUUUCUGAUUGAGAAAAUUACACAUGCAUUUCUUACCAUGUUUCAGUUCAAGUAUUGACACUUCUGCUGUCUUGUUGGCUUAAGAAAAGUAUUGUUGUGUUUAUAUAUAUAUUUCUGAUUGAGAAAAUUACACAUGCAUUUCUUACCAUGUUUCCGUUCAAGUAUUGACAUAUUUAUAACAUAUUGCUGAGUAAGCUGAAAUUUUAACUAUAGUUUAUAUGAAGUUCACAUUUCUUGUAUCUUUCUUUAAAUAAGGGAACUGUCGGACAUUAACUUACAAAUUGCCUUUAGAUAUUUAUUUUAGAAUAGGGUUUAAUUUUGCUUCCUGCUUUUCUUUAAGCUUGCAUCAUUUUUUUUGGUGUUUAGGUCAAGUUUGGCUUUGCUAAGGGUUAGAAUAGGGAUUAUGUUGUUUCAAUCAUUAACUCAUCAUAUAAAUGUUAAUUGUUAAUAUAAAUGUUAAUUGUUAACAUUAUGAUCAUUUAGUUCGAAUAUAUUUCUGUGAUAGCCAUUGCCGAGGAAAUAACCAUUGAUGAGGAAUUUAAUGUUGUGUUAAUGCACUUAUACUACUGUUUGCAACAGGAUAAAGGGAUAUGAGGGUUUGAUUGCAACGGGAUAAAGUAAUAUGAGGUUUGAUUGCAACGGGAUAAAGUAAUAUGAGGUUUGAUUGCAAUGGAAUAAAGUAAUAUGAGGUUUGAUUGCAAUGGGAUAAAGUAAUAUGAGGUUUGAUUGCAACGGGAUAAAGUAAUACUACCGUUUGCAACGGGAUAAGGUAAUACUACUGUUUGCAACAGGAUAAAGUAAUACUACUCUUUGCAACGGGAUAAGGUAAUACUACUGUUUGCAACGGGAUAAAGUAAUACUUCUGUUUGCAACGGUAUAAAGGGGUAUGAGGUUUGAAGCAUUGAUUUGUGACUGUGUUGUCCUUGCACAAUUAUCAAAUACCCACCUGGCCCCAAUUUCUCGAAACUUCUUAAGUCCCUUAUAACAGGAUUAAGCUAAGCUCACUAUUUUUGCUUUGCAAUAUUUUGCAUAAUAUUUACUUCUUUAAGAGUUUUUAUACUUAAGAUAGGAGUUAUGUUUAUGAUUAUCACAAUUAACCAUUUUUUAUUUAUAAAAUUUCAAUUUCAGAAUGUAUUUUGACGUAUUGAAAUAAGCUACUUAAGCCUGUUAAGCUUAAGAAGUUUCGAGAAAUUGGGACCUGGCCUCAAUUUCUCAAAACUUGUUAAGUCCCUUGUAACAAGAUUAAGCUAAAAUCACUAUUUUUGCUUUUCAAUAAUUUGCGUAAUAUAUAUAUUUUUGAAGAAAUUUUAUACUUUAGAAAGCAAUUUUCACUAUGAUUAUCAGAAUAAACCAAUUUUUCAUUUAUCAAAAUUCAAUUUAAGUCAGUACUUUGACUAAUUGAAAUAAGCUACUUAAGCCUGUUAAGCCUUAGAAAUUCCGAGAAAUUGGGGUUUUCAAUUAGCAACUUAGAUUGAACUUAAGAAUUUAAGAUUAGAAACUAAGUGUUUUGAUUGGCCAGUAUAUUUAGCUAACCAAUAGGCAGAAUGGUAUCACUGAAGCAUGUCUAAGGAUAAGGAUAGAUGGAUGUUAAUUACUGGCCCUGUUAUAGAUGUAUAAAAUGUGAUGAAAGCUGUGAAUUUGAAAUGCGAAACUGCUUUUAUAUUGACACAGUGUGGUGUGGUUGUUUCAAACGUGACUUCAAAUCUGUUUUAAAUGUUGCGUCUGACUGUUUUAGUUUGGGCGGAAUAUCACGACCUCAUCAUUGGUGUGAAAUUGCAAUGUGAUCAUGCCUUGUUUAACAGAUUGACAAGCAUGUUUCGUUAAGUUUGUUUGCAAGCAGUAGUAUGUUCAUGAUAGUGAUUGGUUAUACUGCCUUGUCAAAUAUAUGUAUUGUUAUUGUAUAUAUGGGUGUGCUGUUUUCUUUGUUUUUGAUAUAAUGUCAUUGUUAAAGUGUAAAAGUAAACAUAUAUGUAUCUGACACUUCAAGUUAUUUGUGUACAUCUAUGUAACUCCCGAAUUCAUUGUAACUGUCUUAUUGUUAACCCAGUGAAAUAUGAAAUGAUUGGUCAUAACUCCUUGUAGUUAUCUUCAGUUUUAAUUGUAUCAUAUGUAAGCAUCUUGUUAACCUAACAUCAGCCUGACUCAAUGACUACCUUCUGACAGAAAUAAAAAUAAAUAAAUUAAGCUAGCCUUUGGACAAACCAGUUAACUUCAUUUAAAGCUGUACACUCACAGAUACUGUUUUAUUUUUUGUCUUGGAAUGAGCAAUUUAUUGCGAACAUAUCUGCAAACCAGUGAUAAAAGACUGCUGAUAAAAGAUCAGACCUCAGAUUUUCAUAUUUCCAUUCCAAAAUUAAUGUGUUCUAGCUAAAACCGUUACUAACGGUUUAAGAAAAAUGCAUAAAACAUCAAUUUUUGAACUUAAAAAUAAAAAUCGUGUGAUCUUAUUUUUGGUCAACCAACAACUGGAUUACAUGAAUUUUAGCACAAAUUGGCUCGUUUCAAGACCAAAAAUUAAAAAGUUGUCAAAACGUUUAAUCUGUGAGAGUGCAGCUUUAAAAAAAUAAUAAUUAAAAAUAUUAUGGUUAUGAAUUAACAGGACGCCAUUGGUAACCUUGUUCCAGCUUUUCAAUUGUCAAAGGUCAAAUGUCCGAAGUGUUGAAAAUAGUCCACUCCAUUUGGAUUAUACAACUAUGAACUAUUAUUCACUGAUGAAAUAUAAUCCCUUUGAUGUUUAAUGGAAUGGUUAAAUGGCAACCAGUGUCAUGUAAAUUAUACCAAUGUUAAAAAUGGUACCAAGUCAUCUAUAUUCCCCUAUAUUGUAAUUACCUCCCUUGUUGAAGACUGUCGUCUGUAGCAUCAUGGAAACGUUGUCUUGUGGCAAUCAAUAUUUAGAACGCUAAUUAAUUAUUUCUCGCUUCAACUGUCUCCAUAAAAAAGUUUUUACGCACCUUCAAGAAAUAAUGCUUAACUCUCCUUAGAACUAUUUUAAGACAGAUUUGACUAUCAACAUAUUCUGAAUCACAGUUUUUAACAUCCUUGACCUUUGGUUUUCAUUGUAUAUGUAUUUACUGUAUGUUUGGUAAACUAUAUUAAGGGAACAAUGUUACUUCAGAGGGUGUGGUAUGCUGUAUGCGAAAAGGGUUUACUUUCGUUUUUCUACAUAUAUUUUAGGGAUACUUUCAGUUUGAGUUCAAUGUAUACUUAAAGACACAUUCUGUUAGAUUGAUCGCAGCUAAAAAUAGAAAUUAAUCCUGUGCAAUUUUGAAAGAAAUCGGAUUGGAAAUCUUACCCAAAAUCAACCACUUUUUUGAAAUAAGAAAUCCUUUUUGAACUGUGAAUGGAGUCCAAUUUGAGGUUUAUUUUAUGUGGUGGAAAACUCCACUGUAUACAAUAAAUAUAUUGGCACCUGUUAAUUGGCAACUGUAUUUCAUAGUAAACCAGGUUGUUUCCAAUCGGACAGAAUGUACCUUUUAUAUCACUAUGUAACAUAGAACUUAUUAUUUUGUUAAUGGAUUAAAGAACCUAUUUGGUAUAUUAUGUUUUGGAAGGUUGGAGUUAAAAUGAAAACUGUACAAACAUG